GUACGGCCCGAUUUCCGAUGACUCGAUGCGCUUGGCUGGGAUUGACACAGCCUGCAAAUUCGCAAAACCGCACUGCACGUCACGCACACCUUGCGAGACAGCAGCUCUCUACCCACUUUCUUCAUCCGCAACGCAUCUCUGCUUUUCAGCACACUCACAGCAACAAUGAUUGCCUCUAAGCCCCUCAUCGCCUUAGCAUUGCUCUCCGGCGCGAACGCGCUCGUUGCGCCGCAGCAGCGCGCGCUCAAGACGAUCAGCAUGGCAUCGACGCCGGUCGACACACCGGAAACCGCUGAAUCGGCUGCCGCGCCGGCGGCGCCGAUGACGACUCUCGAGGCUGCCGUCCUGGAGGCCACUGGCACGGAGCCGGCCGCCGUCGCGCCGGCGCCGGUGGCCGCCCCGCCGGUCGCACCCGCCGCGCCGCCGCCCACGCCGAAGGGCCGCGUCGCCCAGAAGCGCACGGAGAACUGGUCCGAUUUAGCAUUACCGUUCUCGGGCCGCCCGGCGAUCCUCGACCGCGCGCUCGCCGCGGACUCGGGCUUCGACCCGCUCUCGCUCGCCGACUCGAAGGUGCAGCUCUACGUCUACCGCGAGGCGGAGCUCAAGCACGCGCGCCUCGCAAUGCUUGCGGCGGCGGGCUGGCCGCUCGCGGAGCUCUGGGACACGGGCAUCGCCAAGACCUUCGGCCUCGAGCCCAUCAUCGAGGAGAACGGCGGCCGCGCCGUCUCCGUGCUCAACGGCGGCAUGGGCAUGAUCUCGCCGGUUUAUUGGGUGUCUGUCGUCUUAUUCGCUGGCGCGGUCGAGGCGCUGAGCGAGUACAAGAAGGGCCAGGCCAAGGCGGCCGACAGCCAGUGGAUGCUCACCGGUAGCUACGUGCCGGGCGACCUCGGCUUCGACCCGCUUGGGCUCUACACGAUCUUCGGCAAAUCGGAGUCGGGGAAGAUGCUCAUGGAGACGGCGGAGAUCAAGAACGGGAGGUUGGCUAUGUUGGCCAUUACCAUAUAUGCGUUAGAGGAGGCCAUCACGAAAAAUCCCGUCGUGCAGAACAGUGCCUUCUUGUUCGAGCCUUUUUGGAAGACUGUCGAAAAUAUCAUGAUGUACAGCCCGGCGCCCUACUCCCAGUAAGUUUGAAUGUCUA